AUGAACCGAAGAGAGAGAGGUGGUUCAAAGGGAGGCGUACUUGCAUCUAACGCUGUUGGUGCACAAGACGAGCCAGAAGCUGCUCCUCAGCUUCGGGCACCUCGACAUGGCGGUUGGAAGGGAUCCAAGUCGGCGGGCGGUCGAGAGGCGCACAUGCUGCGCGGCGAGCCGGGGUACCACUUGGGUGGUGAUGCUUGGAGUGGAGGUUGGGGGAAGAUGGCCGAGUUCAGGUGCUCGGGCCGAGUUCAGGUGCUCGGGCCGAGUUCAGGACUGUUCCGCAUAGGCUACGGCAUGCUCCUCGUCCAGCGCACCCUUGCGUUCAUGAGCAGCGGCGCCGUCGACGCCUCCUUCGUUACCGGGGAAAGCCCCGCAUCGUCCCCGGGAGGAGUGGCUCCCAAGAGCGUGAUCAACUUCGGCCACGGCUUCCUGUUGCUCGGCGGGGAGCUGGGGUCCCCGACAGCGGACGCGGUGCGGACGGCGUGCUGGUGCCUGUGCGCCGCAGGUGCCGCCAUCUCCGUGGGGUUCCGGCCGAAUGCGAUGGCGUUUGCCGCGUCGUUGAUGCAGCUUUUCCUGCUGCUGCUGGAGAAGAGCGUGUACACAGACGAGGCCUACCUUUUUGCCCUCGUUGGUCUCCUCCUAUCCUGCACUGACUGCGGAAAGACCCUUGGGCUGGACGCCCCUGUCCUCGAGGAGGACGGUGCGGCCGGCAACGGCGUCGGUGGCGCUGGGCGGGGAGGGGCGACGCGGAGUCAACCGCCUGAUACCGUGCCACACUGGCACGUGGUGCUGCUCAGGUUUCAGGUGUGCAUCGUGCACAUACACCGGGGGCUCGCGAAGGCUUCCACGCUGGACUGGCUUAUCGGGGGGCAGCCACUCCUGCACACAAUAGAGACAUUGCCUCCCGCGCACCUGGCGCGAAGGGCGGCUGAGUGGGCUGCAGCAAGCGAGAUCCCAGGAUUGGGUGGGGGUGGCAUGCAGGCGCUCGCGAUACGCGCGAACGGCUCCAUGAUAUUCCUCGACCUGUUCUUGGGCUUGUCGCUCUUGGCGUCGCCGCACUACCGGCCGGCCGCCGUCGUCCUCCAGACCGCCGUACACCUCGCCAGCGCAGUCUUCGGCAGGCCCGAUGCUCGCGCGUGGCACCUCCUCAUCGUGGCUACGGGAGUGCUCUUCGUCGACCCGGCGGGCCUACAGGGUGCCCUCGAACGCGUGCAGGCUUGGCUGCAGCCGAAGGUUCCACGCGGCACUAGCGCGCGCUAUGCUGCUGCGGCGCGGAGGGGGCGGGGCGGAGGAGCGCGCGGCGGGGGCGGCCGGCGCCGACCUUACGAGAGUAGAGGUGCCGGCAGCGGCGCGGAUGGGAGCGGGCGUUCUGGAGCUGGCGGUGAUGGUUCGAGGCACCAGCCAGGGCCAUCGCCAAUGGCUGGCACCGAUGCAGGGAGUAACGGGCAAAACGGUGCCGGCGUUGCCGCUGCCGUGGGAGACGACACAGGGUUGAGAAGAAGCGGCGCGGGGGGCGCUGCCCCCCCCCCGAAGAAGAAACUCCCGCUCCAACCCAGGCCGUCCUCGCCCGUCGCGGCGCUGAUAUCCUUGUACGUGCUGCUGCAAGUGCUGCUGCCGCUGCGCCACGCCUUGGGCAUUUUCCCCGUGGAGUGGAGUCGCGAGGGGCAUGAGUUUUCCUGGCGCGCGGGCGGCGGGGUCGGCGGGCGUGGCGGCGGCGGGGGGCUCGUUCGGGAGGAAUCGCUAGUGAGGGUCAUGCAUCGCCCUCGGGGCAGAGACGGCGGUGCGGGGAGGGGAUCGGCGGCGGCUGGGGUGCAGACCAUACGUCUGUACGGGGCGCCCCUGACGGCUCAGCAGGUGCUCCGCUUGGUGCUCGACCCAGACAUGCUCCUGCAGUUCGCCAAGAAGACGGCCGAGAUCAACGCGGCAGUCGGCCAUGGCCAACAGCAGAAAGGGAAACCCCAACUCCCGGCCGCCUCUCACGUGGACGCGUGGAAAUCCAUCAACGGCAGACCCUUCACGCGCUGGAUCGACCCUUCGGUGGACGUGUGGGACGCGCGUUUCGAGGGGGAAGGGCCUCCGAACGCGGAGUGGCUGCAGUUGCCUCCCUUGCAGGCGGAGCUGGAUAGGGCGGCGGGGGUGAUGGAGGCGGUGCGCGUCAAGUGGGCCACGAAGGACCAGCGGGUCACCUUCUUCGCCGGGUACCCCGGACAGGCGAGCCUCUCCAACAUCUUCCUCGGGGGAUACGAUCCCUCGAACUUCAACACCACCGAGCUCUGCGCCGUGCCCGCGCCGCCAAACGCCGAGGCUUCUGGUUCGGGGGAGGGUGGCGGGGUGCUGUUUGGGGUGGCGAUGGGAGAGGUCCACCUCAUGACGGACCCGAAGAACGGCCAGCCUCAGCCAGAGUCUCGGCUGCUCACGGUCGGGUCGGGGACUGUACUGGCUCCCGUGGGCCAAGGGCACACGGUUCGCCCCGGAGCGUCGUCGCCCGUGGCGGGGAAGCGCGCCGGGGGGCUCGCGGUCUGGUAUUACGUGCACUCGUGCCCCGAUGGCUUGUUCCACCUGUGCAUCGGGUUUCUGAGCGGCACCGGCUGGGAACAGCUGUACCCCGGCCGCAUGGGGACUAGGAGGGGCUGGACGAUGGAGCACGGGGUGCCCAAGUGAUGGACGAGCGGGGGUGUGGGGGGGUUGGAAGAAGGGAGCAGAGCGGGGGGGGGUUGCGUGUGCCCUAUUGGGUGCGGAUUUGCCUGACACCGUGUGUACUACGUACUUCAGAGACAAAUCUGUUGUCGGAAGUCUGUUGUAGAAAACGAAAAUCAGUUUUGGGGUUGUUGCUCGUUGAAUGCUUAGUAAGAGCAUGCGGUGGAACUUG